AUGUGUUCGUUGCCCCAGUCACGGUCUUCCAACAGAUCAAGGACAGCCGUCUCGAUACGCUCUCUCGUUCCUGCGCCUGCGGCUUCGUCUCGGGCUUUUACCACAACUAGCCCCCGGCGGCAUGGCCACCUGACGCCGCCAAAGCCUGGAGAGGAGUUGCAUGUCACCUUCAUUGACAAAGACGGCGACGAGUACAAAUAUCAAGUCAGCGAGGGCGACAACCUUCUCGACAUUGCGCAGGCCAACGAUCUUGAAAUGGAGGGCGCUUGUGGCGGAUCCUGCGCAUGCUCGACCUGUCAUGUCAUCGUGGAAGACGAGGGGAUGUACGACAAGAUGCCCGAGCCCGAGGAUGACGAGAACGACAUGCUGGACCUCGCAUUUGGAUUAACCGAGACGAGCCGGCUCGGAUGCCAGGUCAAGAUGACCAAGGAGUUGGACGGCCUGGUUGUGAAGCUGCCAUCCAUGACAAGGAAUCUGCAGGCCAGCGACUUCAGCAGCUAA